UUAUCGCCUGAACAAGCGCAGCCGCUGUCGACGCCCUGCCCGGGUGCUUCCGAAAGUGCCUGCCUUCAGGGAAAUAGGAAAGCAGGUGUAUCAACACAUUCUCCGCUGGGCUCACACAUAAUUUUCGCAUCUACAUCCAAAGUCCGCCCUCGUAUUGGUCAGUGUGAAACAAAAGCCACGGAGUUUGCGUCCGCCUUGACUCAACAUGUUCGCCUUAAAGCGGACCAGCGAAAUCGCCGGUGUCCUUGUGUUUACAGUGCAGAGCCAUCACUGAAGCAUGCCUUCACCCAUGACCCGCUUGCGUGCGGUGAAGCCACAGCUGCAGUGCGCUCACGCUGCUGCGAGGGCGUUUUGGGAAGAGGAACGAACUCUCGCGUUAACUGCUGGUUGCGAAGAAAACUCUUAAUGCAGUCAAUGUCGCGCAAGCUUCGCGAAGCCGUUAAGUUUUUUAUGAACGCAGCGGAGUGAAGGAAGAAGGAGGCGCUUCUCGCGAGCACCCAAACCACUUUUCGGCCGCGGCCGUGCAGUGGUACUUGAGUGAGCGAAGAAAGCUCGAUGAGGAAGAGGAAAAGAACAAACAGCGAACGCGCAUCUCUCGAUGUUCGCCUUCGCGCUGCCUUGGUCGGCCGAGGGGUUCCGACUGAGGGGGCUGGGUGAACGCGCGGGCAAUUCGCUCGAGGCAACAGAUAAACAAAAAAAAAGAAAAAAAAAGCGAACGCCCGCUGUAGCUCGCUAGCGCGCGCGCGCACGCACGGUUUUUCUCGAACAGCGCGUAUCGCUCGUUGGCCGCUGGGAAAAGAAGCAGGCAUCGCGCUCUUGCGAAGCCGGGGAUCGAGCGCCGCCGGCGUCGCGCAGGUGCUGGCGGCAGUGGCUCCAUCCCUCCGCGCCGCGCAUUGGGCACGGUCCGUUCGAUAGAACGGUUUCACAUCUGACUGUCGAUCUUUACAAGACAGAGCCACGCGGCGCUGUGGCGCAGAAGGGCCUAUACGCGCGCCCCCGCGCUGACAUAUAUCUCGUGUCCCCGUAGCCAGCACGCAUAUAUAAAGAGUCGUGUUUUGUCGUCACCGUCGCGUCCACACCGCUCAGCUCCGAGAGCGCCUGCCACCACCACCGCCCACUACGAACACUCGCCACCCCGGACCAGCUGGUAGUGCUCGUAGCAGUCCGCACCGCGCCGCGCUGGGUGGCCUUCGCCAGAUGUCGUUCGGCGAGCCAGCUGACGAGAGAGCUCCUCCACCGUGUGGCGGCACCCAUUUUGGACGCUCUUCUCUGUAACACCGCGCGUUCUUGCGGCCCCUCUCAAGACUGCGUCGGUGAAGGUUACGGCGAUUCUGUUGUGCUUGUGUUCGGGUUUCACUGGGAUAUCGCCGAAACGCAGUGGUCGCGCAGCCCACACCGCUCGGUGAACGCAGCAAGGACUGGAACAGUGACCCGGUUAGUGACUGCUACUAGACGCCAGGAGCGUUUGACACGCUUCCGCCUUGACGGUUCCCCCAUGGUGCCCGGAGGACGGAGCUCCUCGAGUAGACUAGUUGUUCGAGGCGUCGUCUCCUAGUCGUCGCUGCCCUGAAAAACGGGCACGUCUCGCCCAGUGGUGGCGGCCGAUCGCAGAGCCGCGGUCGCAGCUCGGGCCCAACAGGCGACCUCCUCCUCGGCGGCAGGGUGCCUUCGCCGUCCGGAGUGCCGUCUCAGGGAGAUGCCGGUGGCGGCAGCGCGAGGUUGCCGCCGGCGGUGCCGGUAGCACGGGACCGGGGAUGUGCCGCCGUCCUCGCGUCGCCGUCGGCGGUAGUCGAGCCCCGAACCUCGUCAGCCCGUCGCCCGGCUGCGCGCUCGCGUGCGGACUCUGUGCGGCGAUGUGCUGAGCGGCGGACCAUGCGCCGCUUUCCGGGGAGGCUGUUGCUCAGCGGCGCAGUUCUCGUCUGCCUCCUCGGCUCCUGCCCCGUCUGCUCCGGCGUGGUGCUCAGCGAGCACAUUCGGCAUUUCGAGCCCUUGUUUUUUAACCAUCACUCCUUCCGGGACCAGCAUCACCGAAGCAAACGGUCACCCAAGCUGGACAUCCGUCUGGAGUUCGCCGCACACAAUCGGCUGUUCAGGCUGCGGAUGAAGCGGGACACUAGCGUGUUCAGCCCCGACGUCACCUUCGAGUCAUCCAGCCGAGGGCCCAUCUCAUACGACACCUCCAACGUCCUCAAGGGAUACAUCGAAGAGGACGAAGAGUCGUCGGUCGAGGGUCUCAUCACGAGCGAGGGGCUCUUCGACGGCGUCAUCGCGGUGCGGAGCGGCGAAGAGUUCUUCAUCGAGCCGGCCAGCCGCUAUUUAGAGGCGCCGGCGGACUUUCACUCCGUCAUGUACAAGGGCUCGGACGUCCACUUUCCCGAGAACCAGUCGUACUGCCACACGCUCAAGCACUCUCCGUGCGAAGGCAGCCCCACGGCGAGCGACGUCCUGGGAAGGGCGCCGUGGGCGUCCGGCUUCCUCGAGGAAGUGAGGGAGAGCGGAGCACGCCGAAGGAAGAGACGGCGGCGUAGCGACAGCGUAGACGGAGCGUUACAAGCGGAUCAGUCGCCCCUGAUGUGGCGAGACGGCGACGCGGCGCACUACAGCCAGAAGGACCUGGAGCUCCCGGAGCCAGACUCCGCGGCGCUGGGUAUCCGGUCGGUGCAGCGCACUCAGUGGGCCGCGGGCAGCGACCAGCCCGCCAAGAACGUCGUCAUCGACCCAAAGAAGACCACCUGCAUGCUGUACCUGCAGGCCGACCACCUGUUCUACCAGAGAAUGGGCUCCGAGGAGGCCUGCAUCGAGACCAUGACGCGGCACGUACAGAAGGUCAACUCCAUCUACAGGACCACAGACUUCGAUCAGGACGGCCGCUCGGACAACAUCUCGUUCCUGAUCAAGCGCAUCAAGGUGCACACGAUGGAGGCGCUGCGAGACCACGAGUACCGGUUCCCGGGAAACUACGGCGUCGAGAAGUUCCUGGAGCUCUUCUCGGAGGAGGACUACGACGCCUUCUGCCUGGCCUACAUGUUCACCUACAGGGACUUCGAGGGCGGGACGCUGGGUCUCGCCUGGACGGGAGACCUCAAGAACGCCGGAGGCGUCUGCGAGAAGAACGGGCACUACCGGGGCAGCCUCAAGAGCCUGAACACAGGCAUCGUGACGCUGCUCAACUACGGCAAGCACGUGCCCCCGAUUGUGUCCCACGUGACGCUGGCGCACGAGAUUGGACACAACUUCGGCUCACCGCACGACCCGAAGGACGACAGCAUGUGCACCCCUGGCGGAGAGAACGGAAACUACAUCAUGUUCGCGCACGCCACGUCCGGCGACAAGAGGAACAACAACCGCUUUUCACCCUGCAGCCUGAAAAGCAUCAACGCAGUGCUCAACUCGAAAGCGAGAAACACGAAGGGAUGCUUUUCAGAGCCCCAAGACUCGAUCUGCGGCAACGAGGUGGUAGAGGCCGGCGAGGAGUGUGACUGCGGCUGGGAGGACGACUGCCUCGAGCCCUGCUGCUUUCCCAUGCGAUCCAACCCGCCGCGAGACGAACCGCCCUGUAAGCUCAGGCCUAACGUCGUGUGCAGCCCGAGUCAAGGUCCGUGCUGCACUCAGGAUUGCGUUCUAAAGAUAGGGGACAAGUGCCGGGAUGACAACGGAUGCCGGAGCGCCAGCUAUUGCGAUGGUGAAGGACCACAAUGCCCGUCUUCGACAAGCAAACCUAACAAGACCAUCUGUAACGAGGAGUUCGUCUGCUACAUGGGGGAGUGCACGGGCUCCAUCUGCAUCGCGUACGGCCUGCAGUCGUGCCAGUGCAAGCGCAGGCCGCGCGACCCCGUGACCAAGGCCUGCGAGUUGUGCUGCCGCCUGCCCGGGGAUGACUCUACCUGCAAGUCUUCUUUCGAGUGGAACCACCCGCCCUACGAUGUUCCAAACCUAUUCGCAAAGCCAGGCACGCCGUGCGACAAUUACAACGGAUACUGUGAUGUAUUCCAAAAGUGCCGCGAGGUGGACCCUUCGGGGCCUCUCGCCACCCUGCGCAAGCUCCUGCUGUCCACGGAAACCAUAGUUUCUCUCAGGCGCUGGAUCUCCGAUAACUGGUGGGGAGUCCUCCUUUUGGGGCUCUCCGUGCUCGUCUUUCUGUGCGUAGUGGUCAAGUUCUUCGGGCGCAAGACGGACCCGGUGAAGAGCGUGGCGGGCAGCGGCCCAGGUGCCAGCACCGUGCCCGUCGCCUGCAACCCCGUGGUGCAGCCCGUGGUGGCCGCCAGUGGCGGCGGCCCGUUUCGCUCGAGCACGAACCAGGCCGCGGCCAAGGCGAUCAUGGCCUCGAACACGCCGGGCAUCGUGUCGACGGCGCUGGGGGCCCACUCGGCCCCCGCCACGGCCACCACGAGCAACUUCGUGAAGACGACGCUGUCGCUGCACCCUCACCCCGCCGCCCGCUCCUACCUGAGCCACGCCGGCAACGGUUGGGUCUGACCAUCGAGCCGCCUCAGCGUAAGGGGCACCGCGACCAGCAGCUACAGGCACCACCACCCCUGCUGCGACCCCGCCUGCUACACGGUGUACGGACUGCCGCAGGCCACACUUCGCAGGCCGGUCACAGCCGUGGCUGCCGCGACCACCGUGGUGCCGGCCGCGUGUCUGACGGCGACCGCCAACGCCCCGACGAGUGCCAGUGCCGCCGCAGCUCCCGCCGUGGUGCCUUUAUUUCAGGAGCCCUACGCGUACGGGUCGGACGCUUACUGGUGAAGCCGGCGUCUGCUGGGAGAAAGGGUCGCCACUCCUCGGGGAUCAUUUGCACUUCACUUUGAAAAAGCCUGAUUGAUUUGGGCCGGGUCGGUGUAUACUUUGGCGAAGAAACCGUGAUUUCGAACAGCGCAGGAAGACCUGACACGCAUGGUCGUUGACAAUACCGUGUGUCCCAGCUAACUAUAGUCGAGCCGUUCAGAAAAAAAAGAAAGAUUAAAAAACACGGUGGAAGAAACAAUGACAAAGCCUACCGUGUUCGGUAGUCAGAGGCUCGACGACCAAACACCGUAACUCUUAAUAUCAUAUCCUGCACAGUGACUUGUAAUUUUGUUUUUUCGUUGAACACCUUGGCUAACGUUAGCUGGGACACUCUAUAUAGCAAUAGUAAUGUUUAGUAAUGUUUGUUCGAAGUGUAAAGCUGCAUAUAUGCGGGCAUCAUAAAAUAUACAAGAGAGUAGGACAUAUGCCCGGAUGGCUUGGAGAUGCCCGCACAUGUCUACUAUCUUUGCAUUUUCAAUAAUCAUUGCAGUUGCUAGUCAGCUGUCGUGGGUGUCGUCUCCUCCUGCCCUUUUCUAAAGCAUUGUUUCUUUGUUUACAUAAUCAACAGUGUCUGUCUGCAGAAGUGGCGGUACUGCCAUCUAAAUCGUCGCAGUUGCUUGGCACACAGUCAUACAGUAAUUGCAAUCAUACGUCGAGGCAGUUUACUGCGUCCUCAGUAAAGCCCACUUACCCGCGUAGGCCUCAACUUGCAGGGCAACGUUAGAUGGUAAUUUCAGUGCUACAUCGGACGAUAACAAAAGCAGCGAGCUUGGGCCGUAUAACGUAAAACUACUCCAAUAUGUUUUUAUUCCAAUCUCCUGACGUCAAAUUUGCGCAACCACCGACGCAAGCAUCGAACGGUCACCCGCAGGGUUGUCUGAACAAACCAAUCAAAUGAUCCCCUCGUUCAUAGGAGGUCACUUUUGUUUGCUUGAAAAACGAAUAACAUUGCCUGCACUUAGCGGCUUGUCAUAUCUAAUUGGCUCACAAGAGGCGAGGAGCUUGCUCAAGUGAAGAAGGAUUCGAUAGGGCCGAGCCACUGCACUGAAUAUCGAUAACCGUAUGAAGAGGGUGGUGCCGGCGUCUGCGAUUGGUCCGCUUUCUCUUACUUAGGUCGCGCUGGCUCGUCGGCAAUCGCGGCGGCAUGCAACAGAAGCUUAAAAAUUACGCUAAAACGGAUCCUCAGCAAAGAAGAGUUGGCAGAACGAGGUCGUAAACGUGCCGAAAGUUCUCGAAAACGUUACACGGCCACGCAAAAAGUUUCAUUACACGCAAAUAAACUCAUGCUAUCCUGCAGGGGCAAGUAGCGAGUGCCGGAGCGAUCGGCGGCAGCCAUUUUUUAUUCGUUUCCGAACGGGGCAGCUUGCCGCUAUUCAGAAGAAAAUUCAGUUUCGUUCGGCAUAUUAAUGCAUAUUUAACGCGUACGCGUGACUUUGACGCUGUAAGUUUUUGCGGUUUUGUGACGUCGCGUGAGAGGCAGGUGAAGUGGGUGCAGCCCGAAAACUCUUUAUCAAUAGCCGAGGGCUAAUGGCAAAGAGGCAUCGAAUCAGAAAUAACUAUAUUUGUUUUGUUCGGUCAAAUUAUGCAUAAUCAUUGUGCACACGUCAUACCAUAUAGGGAGCCAUCGCGGUUUUCGUGACGUCGCGUGGCAGACAGGUGAAGGGGGGGGUGGUUCAAAUAAGUUUUUGACCAAUCGCGGUGGGCUGAAUGCCGAAUUGGAAUAGAAAAGUUUGGAAUAGUUUCACGUUAUAGCGCCCCUUGUCUCCUUACUUCUGUCCUCAUCUUAUGUGGGGUUGGCGAGACCGCUGAACUAACGCAGCUGGCGCGUCCACCAACCUAUAAGGGACAAAGACCGCUCGCGACCUGUAUGAAGGCAAGUCUUCUUAGUCACAGCCAUUCCACACACGUCGCUCCGCACAGAAGUUCCAAUCUACUAGGAGCCAGCAUGAAACAUUUCUUAACGUAGCAGUUUAGAGGGCCUCCGCAAUGCCCGCUGCGCAACGACGUUUCCGCAACUGUCACGAUUUUACAUUCGCUGGUACGAUUGUUCCGGCGGGGAGCGUGUCCCGAAUUUGGGUGCCUUAUAGUCAACAUGGCUUGGACCUUCAAGCAAACCCGAGCAAUCAUUUGUCCAGUAGUUCUGAAGCUUCCUUCUUAAGACGUCGCUCCGAGACACACAAGUACAUUUUCCCUUGAUCUUACCCAUUUCACGUCUAUAUGGAUGAGGUCGUUCUGCAUUGAGCUCUCGUGUGGUCGGCCACGCCAUAAUACUUUAUCUGUUUUGUGGCAGGCUGCUUCGGCUCACGGCUACAUAGUUUACAGAAAAGGUGAAAAACCAGACUGUCAUGGGAAUUGCUUCCAAAGAAUUGGGUGGCUAGUGCCUAAGGUGGCCUCACGGAAGACGCUGCGCAACAAGCGUAAUACGAGAAGUAAAAGUGACCUACUGUCAAUGGCACGAUAAUUGUCACUUUGAGAUGCAGUCCUCUUCAAAGAGUAUUAUUGGCAGAGCUCUUUAAAAACCAAGAAUUAUCUGGAGUUGCCAGUUAAGGUGCUAUAUAGUGCCCUUUCCACAACCCCGACAAAAAGAAAAGCUGCCCAUGGCUCAGCACAGAAGUCCGGCAAUUUUCAAGCUUAACACUGUUUUCAUGCGUGCUCAUUUCUCAGUAGUAGUGCUAGCAUUGAAAAUGGUCGAUAUCUGUUUCUGUGCCUUCCGACAUCAGACACUUGCAGUUUAUUUUUGCGGAAUUGUACUCGCUAAUCAAGUGUAGCACGAUUCACUAUCACCUGCUAUACUAAUAAACAUCGACGUUAGGCAAGCUUGUCUUUGCCAGAGGAAACAAAUUUAAUGUGUUUCGGAAUGUCAGGUCAUAUUCGGUGAAGAGCAGUGAAGAAAUCUUUGUGAGAGAAUGGCUGCCAGGUAUCUGCGACUAGGCAGCAUCCAUUGCUGAUGCGACGUUUCCCGGAACGGUAUCGUGCAAUGAACCCGAGGAGCUUGCACUAUCUCCGAGCAGACGGGUUGGGUGAUCACCAGAAGCAGUUUGGCUUUGAGCAGAGUGCUGGUCAGUGGCUUUUACCCACAGGCUGAACGCUUUUGCAGGGCUGUGCGUGGUAGAAGUCAUUUGUCGAAUCGCCGGACGUCUGUUUCUGACAUGGUCGUGGUGCUGCAACACAAGAACGUAGCGUCGCUUAUCUUCUUGGCUGAAUCGUGUGUGAUAGGCCGCUUGUAUAAUGAUGCCCAUCUGCAUGUUCAAUAAGAAAGCCGCCCCUUGCGUUGAGGACGGCUCUGGAAAAAAAAAAGGAAUAUGUCCCCCGGGAAAUGUGCAACAUGAUGGACGCUCAACACUGUGUGGUACGCGAGCGAAUGAACAGUUUGUGAACAUAGCUAUUUUCCCUUUUUUCAAGGCCACAUGAACUUUCCGAGCGGAACUGUCUCGUCUUACACUGAGCUGUUUUAAUGGACGCUUGAAAAAGCUGAAGAUCGCCCUGUUUGUAAGAAUUGUAUCAGCACGUGCAUUCGAUGGGAGACGUGGUCAGGAUCGUCCGAAUCAAACGAGUUAAGCGGCACGCAAAUCGCGUAAGCAUCUAUCUCUAUGGUGGAGGUGAGACACAGCAACCCAAAACACUGCGCGCCGCUGCUAAUUAAUGCGAUACGUAUUAUUCAUGACGGCGACAAUUACCAUGAGCAUAAAAUACUUACCGCCCAAACGAUUGAAAGGGCAGCCCCAUAACUUUAAAACGUAGAAAAAAGUGAAGGAUUGUUAUAAAAUAGAUAUGAGGUAGGAAUACCAAUGACGUCAGUUGCCUGAAGUGAAUGACCCGUUGGCGCUGCUCUGCUGAGGUCGAGGUCGCGGCUUUUAUCCCGGCCGUGGCGACCGCAGUUCGAUGGGGGCGAAAUGCAAAAGAAUAAAAAAACGCUUGUAUAUCUAAAUUUGGGAGCACGUUACAGAAACUCAGGUAGUAAAAAUUCGUAGUCCCUCUGUACAGCGUGCCUCAUAAUCUGAUUGUCGAGUUUUAUUUAAAGUGAAUAUUUAAUUUUUGCAGUAAACGACCACCCCCCACUCCCUCAAAAAAAAGAAAAAGAAAACAGAGGUAUAGAAUUAAACAUAAGUCGUCAUGAUUAGAAUUAAGGUGCUCAAUUGGAACUGCGCAACGUGCACUGGUAUUUGGUUCAGGCGACCCCGACUACGUACUCUGUCGAGUGCACACGUAAAUGCCAUUACAGUGCUCCUCUCAGUCAUUGCCGCUGAAGAACAAAAAAUGUUUGUGUGCAUGCGUUUUCAAAACGCAGUGUUUAUCGCUUCAUGCCCAUGUUUCACCCGUGUUAAAAAAAAAGAAAAGAAAAUCCUAAAACCGAACUUCGAUUCUGCCUCCGGUUGGCGGAACAUUCCUUUACGAACAAAAAAAAAAAAAGGACAAGAAAUAUACGGUCCAUGUAAAGACAUAAAUCUAAGCCUUUCCCGCUGCCCGGACAUUCGCCACAGAGCUUACGUGCACUGUCAACUGCCAACCGCAGCUCAUUCUCGUGAAUGUGAAGUCUGUACGCACAACUACGGACAUGCGAUAAACGAAACUAUUGCUUGUUACACCA